AUGCAAGAAAACCCUACAGAAGAUGAAAUUCGGGAAAAUCUUGCAGGAGAAGAAAUCCAAGAAGCAAUUCAAAAAGAAAUUGUAAUUGAUAAGCUUGCAAAUCUGGCUUCAGUGGCAUUGCAAUCUAAGGAGAUAAUUGAUGAUGUUACACAACAACCUGAGGAAAACGUGGGAAAUAUGCCAAUCCAGAAUGAAGAAGUUAUUGAAGAAAUCCCACGGUCUAAGGUGCAUCUAAGUAGGCUACGCGUGUUUGUGUUUGUGCCAGGCACGCCUAGGAUUUCAAAGGCACCUGUGUCCCAUGCAAGCAUGUUUGCGUUGUGCAAGCACGUUUAUGUAGAACAUGCACGUCUGUGCAGAACAGAGGCAUGUCUAUAUGUUUCAGGGGAGAAAUUUGUUAUAUGGUAUCCAAUGGUUAAGAAGAUGCUUUCUGUGGCCAUGGGCAACAGACCUUUCAUUGUUAAUGGUCAAAAUUGGUCUCAACAACGUAGAAUUGUGGUGCCUGCUUUUCGUAUGGAAAAACUUAACGUGGCCUCUGUGCACAGGUCAAUUGAUAAAAUUGAUGAGUUAAAGGGUUUCUAUAAUGAAUGGCCAGAGUGUUUCAGAGAUGGAAUAAGCAAAGCUACAGACAAUCAUCCGUAUACCUUAAUUCCGUUUUCUGGUGGGCCAACAGCGUGCAUAAGUCAGAACUAUGACUUAUUAGAAGCAAAAGUUGUGGUGAGUAUGAUGAUGAAGAGCUUCAGAUUUAGUGUGAGUAGAAGGUACAGGCAUGCACCUGUCUCCUGUAUCACUCUCAAUCUCCGGCAUGGGAUACCAAUCGUGGUGGAAAAAAUUGCGUGCAAUAGAGUUUAG